AUGGUCGACACACAAAGCCUUCGCCCUCGCCCUCGCCCUCUGGUUAAUGACGGCCCAGUGGCCAGCAAACGCCAGACUCGAAGCAGUGCUACUACGUGCGCAUCGUUGAACAUGGAGCACGAGAUCGAGUCACCUUCACCGGCAUGCUGCGCGCUGAGUGUCGCAUCCCCACUCAAUGCAUUCGACGAGCCGGCUAGACGGGAAGUUCGUACACGUACCAUUACUGCCUCCAGACUCGGUUCGAGUCGCAGACUUGCUAAACUACGGCUCGCACGGCUCGCUGCGCCGCUUCGAACACGCCACAGCCCCCACCGCCCCCCUCGCCUGUGAAGCCAACCUCAUGGACCCCGCCUUCACCCGCGCCCUCGGACACGUCGUUGGAUUCAUUGCUGCAGAUAUCGCAGGACUCUGACCGCCCCUCGUCCCAGAGUCAAUACGCACCCCCUCGCAACCGAGCCUACGAUCGUAUGAUCGAGAGGCUUCUCUUGCCCGAGCUGAAUGAAGACGUCGAUCAGGCCUUCAUCGAGUAUGAGAUCAUCCCACGCAUCGUGAUAUGCAGCACGUCCGGCUUGGUGCACUCGGCGUUUGGGAUUGAGCCAACCCAAUUCAGUGGACAGGCGCAAGAAGCUCUCGCUCAAGUUGGCCGAUCAGCGCUUCGAGCCAUGUUCGACGUGGACUGCAGGCGACCGAUCGAGCAAAGGAUGGCAGACUGGGUCUUACCACUUGCGCAAUUUGUGAGUGCCAUGUCCCCAGUAUUGGUCAUUCCAGAGGUCGUAUGUGAGGACGCUGAUUCAAAGAACUCCGUUCGCGACUCAUUGACGGCACAGGCAUCCGGUGCGCGUGGUCGGCAGCCACAUCUGACGCUCGCACAUGCAAAACGGUGUGCUCGUUUAUCCAACCUAUGCCACCCCGGCAGACCUGAUCUGAUCGAACACCACCAUUUUUUGACGUGCUGCAACGGGCUGACCUCGGCGAAGGGGGGAUCGAUCGCGCGGGCUACGCUCGUCCCGUUGGCUUUUGGAGCCUGUGACUCGGAAGAUGAUUCGCGUGAAACCCCAUACCCUCUCGUCGAUGUCGUGCUCGACCUGGCACGGGAUGUGCUCACGCAACCGGCACGCAUGUACGCGCCUGGCUUCGCCAUCCAUGAUGACGACACCGCCUACCUCGUCGUCCUCGAUAACGAGGGGUGCCGGAUCGCCAUCAUCUCGGACCGCUGGGGCGAGGGCUUUGGCGAGCUCGCUUCGGUGCUUUCCGUUCUACUCGGGCUGGACGUCUACUCGGCCGGACUGUCACCUCUGUUUCGCUAUGCAUGCGACCUCGAGACCGGCAUUGCCCCCGUCGCAUUGUGUACGAGAUAUCUUCGACCGUCCGAGCUCGAAGUAGACGCCCCCCUGGUCGGUCGCACCGUAGAGUUCAUCGCCGAGGAACCCGUCAGGCUUGUUGACUCCACAGUCGCCAACGGCAGCUCCGUCUUUGGGCGGUCUACGGUCACACUUCAGCUUACGCGCCCGAGCUUGGUAACCUGCUCCCCAGCGGUAUCGACGGACUACCUAGAGCCCUCGUUCGUGGUCAAGAUCCAGCUCACGACGCAGAAUUUUGUCGGACACGAAGCGGAUGUGCUGAACAAAAUCGUCGAGCGCUGCGCAGCCGAGGCUCCGUCGGCAUCGGCGCAGCUCAUCGAAAGACAUGUCGCGCUCCCCGAGAAGGCCAAGUCGCUCGGCCGUCAUCGAUCGCAAAUGGAGGACAGCGCCUUGCCCAUACUCCUGGACUCGGAAAACUCCGAACAACGACUGCGAGACUCGCCUCGGCACACACUUGAUGUGGUCGUCAUGCGCAAUCCUACUCCUCUACCUGCGCCCCUCGACGAUGCCCGCGCUCAGCAGCGCACACUCUUCCAGUUUUGCCAAGUUUUCGACCAGCUUCUCACCCUUCUGCCUGCGCUCUUCGAUCUCGGCAUCCACCAUCGCGAUUUGUCGAUCGGCAACAUCCUCCAAUACCAAGGACACCUUGUUCUGGUCGACUGGGAGACAGGCAUCGUUGCCCAGCCGGGUGAACAGGUUCCUGUCGCUACCGAAGACGCCGGUUCGAUCCGAUUCACGCGCGCGACCGUAUCCUGGGAGGUUCGCUCCUGGCUCCUGCUGGGUGCGCAGUUCAGCAGGCUCCCUUCGCAUGCCCUGCACCACGACUUCGAGUCAGCGGUCUAUUGGUUCUUGUUCGUUCUGGACGAGUUCGUCGGCAACUGCUUCUCUGCCGACUUGUGGAUAGACCUGGACCUUCGCCCCCGUGGCCGCGGUCGACGGCGGCGUCCGGUGUUUCCGAUGGAUCUCGCCCGCACGGAGCUAUGGGGGAACGGCGAGUACCCCAACUUGCACAAACUGUUCCUCAAAGAUUUUGAAAAGCUCGGCCCGGAAAUGCACGGCUUUGUGGAGCGUAUGAUGUGCACCCUUCCGUUCGAUCUUGGUACUCGAGGGGCAAGCGAGGCCGAGGUCGCGGUCGCAAACAAGCAAAAGAUGGCCGCCGUCCAGGCGGAAUUGCCGGAGAUACUGGAAGUGGUGUCUCGACUUUGGACUCCGCGCGCGUCUGCCUUUCCCGCGUAACCAUCACCACGCUUAUCGCGUCGUGCUGUGCCCAAUUCACCUUUCGUCUCCUUCGCUAUGGUCUCGACUCCUAGACUUUCGCCCUCGAGCUCGACCGUCUGCUAUUGCUACAUUCGGUAGAUCGAGCACCGCCCACUCAAGCGCCGCCUCCCCUGACCAAGCUCCCCAGUUUCAGGGCUUGCUCCUCUCUUGUCUUUCUGCAACUCGAUUCUCGUAAGGGGUCAUAUGCUUGCUCUUGUCCUUCGUCCUUCGUGAUAUGUAUCGAUCGGAUCACGAGGGUAUUUUUGGUCGUUGCCGUGAGACGAUGACGCUGCAGUAAUGUCUGUAUUCCUCUUUCCCGCUGAUUGAAUUCUUCCUUACUCUUGAUUGAGAAUGUGAGCCUUCUCUACUCCUAAUUCGGAUUGUCGGCCUCUCUAUGCGAUGAAAGCUUAGAGUCUCACAAGAUUUCGUCGUCAAAGCCCAGACGCAGGUCUCUGCAACGGUACCCGCGGUACCCGCCUUAUCCUUAUCGUCUCCCACGCAAGAUCGCGAGUCAUUCAAGCCGUCAUCUUGAUCGGAGAUCGAGCGGGUACCAUGCUUUGCAUCCCUCGCGUGCGACUUGAGGCGAGUGCGACUAGCAGUCGUCAACUUGGUUUCACUGCGCCGGCUCCAAUUCCCGCUCCGAGUUGCCUUGGCCAAGACAAUCAACAUAACUCAAGGUCAAUCACUCGAUCGUGAUGGCGUCGCUCUUUCCCUGCAUCCCGUUUUCACUCAUGGGCAGCUGUAUGUGGCAUUGUCUCGAGCCAUGAGUGUUGAUCGAAUCAAGGUGCUUCUCCUCUCUCGCGACCCCGCCGAUGAUGACGACAACCUACAAGCCGUCGAUCGAGCGGCAGCCGCACCCAUCGUAACCCCAAACCCAAUAUUCCGCUUUGUUCUCAGGGCGAUGAAUGGAGAAUAG